CCCCGGCCCGCCCCCGGCUCGGCUCGCGGGAGGCGCUGGGCGCCGGGGCUGGCGCGCUCUCCCGGGCUCACACACAGCCGCGCACGCAAGCCCGGGGCCGCUCUCCGCGCCGGCCCUUGCUCCCCGCGCCCAUGCGGACGGACAGAGCGACGGAAGAUGGCUGACGACUCCACGGGGCCCCGAGGAUGCGGCCCGGCGGCGGCGGCGGCGGGAGCGGCAGCGGCAGCGAGGGCGGCAGGGGCAGCGGCAGCAGCGGCGGCGUUGGCUGCGGCGGCGGCGGCGGCGGCAGCAGGAGCCGGAGCGACGGCGGCGGCAUCCCCGAGACUCUGCGCACUACCCUUACCCGUGACAGCCACUGACGUCCUCCGCCGCUAGAAGAGACCCCGCUUCUCGGCGCCUGCCCUCCCCCUCGCGGCUCGGCCCGGCCCCGCCAGCACCGCUACCUCCGCCAGCCUCGCCACCAUCAGCACCACCUCCACCGCCGCCGCCGCCGCCACCACCACCGCCGGCGGCGGCAGCAGCCAUUUCAUCUCCACAGAAACCAGACACAAAAACAUGGCAGAAAUGGAGAAAGAAGGGAGACCUCCCGAAAAUAAACGGAGCAGGAAGCCGGCUCACCCAGUGAAAAGGGAGAUCAAUGAGGAGAUGAAGAACUUUGCAGAAAACACCAUGAAUGAACUCCUUGGCUGGUAUGGCUAUGAUAAGGUUGAAUUAAAAGAUGGUGAAGAUAUUGAAUUCAGGAGCUACCCUACAGAUGGGGAGAGCCGGCAGCACAUUUCUGUUCUCAAAGAAAAUUCUUUGCCAAAACCAAAAUUACCCGAGGACAGUGUUAUUUCACCAUACAAUAUAAGCACAGGCUAUUCAGGGCUUGCCACUGGAAAUGGACUCAGUGACUCACCUGCAGGGUCAAAGGAUCAUGGCAAUGUGCCCAUUAUUGUACCUUUAAUUCCACCACCUUUCAUAAAGCCACCAGCAGAAGAUGAUGUGUCAAAUGUACAAAUAAUGUGUGCCUGGUGCCAGAAAGUGGGAAUCAAGCGCUAUUCCCUGAGUAUGGGAAGUGAGGUGAAAAGCUUCUGCAGCGAGAAGUGCUUUGCGGCCUGCCGACGAGCCUACUUCAAGAGAAAUAAGGCUAGAGAUGAAGAUGGACAUGCUGAAAAUUUUCCCCAGCAGCACUAUGCUAAGGAAACUCCAAGGCUUGCCUUCAAGAAUAACUGCGAACUACUUGUAUGUGACUGGUGUAAGCACAUAAGACACACAAAAGAAUACCUGGAUUUUGGGGACGGGGAAAGAAGGCUUCAGUUCUGCAGUGCAAAAUGUCUCAAUCAAUACAAAAUGGACAUUUUCUACAAAGAGACCCAGGCCAAUCUUCCAGCUGGGCUGUGCAGCACAUUACACCCUCCCAUGGAAAAUAAAGCAGAAGGCACCGGGGUGCAGCUGCUCACUCCAGACUCUUGGAAUAUCCCGCUAACAGAUGCUCGGAGGAAGGCCCCCUCCCCGGUGGCUACAGCUGGCCAAAGCCAGGGCCCUGGCCCGUCGGCGUCCACCACCGUCUCUCCAUCUGACACUGCCAACUGCUCUGUCACUAAAAUCCCCACGCCAGUGCCCAAGUCCAUCCCCAUCAGCGAGACUCCAAAUAUCCCUCCUGUCUCCGUCCAGCCACCUGCUAGCAUCGGGCCUCCCCUUGGCGUCCCGCCUCGGAGCCCUCCCAUGGUGAUGACCAACCGCGGCCCGGUGCCGCUGCCCAUCUUCAUGGAGCAGCAGAUCAUGCAGCAGAUCCGCCCGCCCUUCAUCCGCGGGCCUCCGCACCAUGCCUCCAACCCCAACAGCCCCCUGUCCAACCCCAUGCUUCCCGGCAUCGGGCCCCCGCCCGGUGGCCCCAGAAACCUGGGCCCCACUUCCAGCCCCAUGCACCGGCCCAUGCUAUCGCCCCACAUCCACCCCCCGAGCACCCCCACCAUGCCUGGGAACCCCCCAGGCCUGCUGCCCCCGCCGCCUCCGGGCGCCCCGCUGCCGAGUCUUCCCUUCCCGCCAGUGAGCAUGAUGCCAAAUGGCCCGAUGCCGGUGCCCCAGAUGAUGAAUUUCGGGCUGCCGUCGCUUGCCCCGCUGGUGCCGCCCCCGACCCUGCUCGUGCCGUACCCCGUGAUCGUGCCCCUACCGGUGCCCAUCCCCAUCCCCAUCCCUAUCCCUCACGUCAGCGACUCCAAGCCCCCCAACGGGUUCUCCAGCAACGGGGAGAACUUCAUUCCGAACGCCCCUGGCGACUCCGCGGCGGCGGGCGGCAAGCCAAGCGGACACUCCCUGUCCCCCCGGGACUCCAAGCAGGGCUCGUCCAAGUCCGCGGACUCGCCCCCCGGCUGCUCGGGCCAGGCCCUGAGCCUGGCGCCCACGCCCGCCGAGCACGGCCGGAGCGAGGUGGUGGACCUGACGCGGCGCGCCGGCAGCCCCCCGGGCGCGGGCGGCCAGCUCGGCUUCCCAGGCGUGCUGCAGGGCCCGCAGGACGGCGUCAUCGACCUGACCGUGGGCCACCGGGCCCGGCUGCACAACGUGAUCCACCGCGCGCUGCACGCGCACGUCAAGGCGGAGCGCGAGCCGGGCGCCGCGGAGCGCAGGACCUGCGGCGGCUGCAGGGACGGCCACUGCAGCCCGCCCGCCGCCGGCGACCCAGGCCCGGGCGCCCCGGCGGGCCCCGAGGCGGCCGCGGCCUGCAACGUCAUCGUGAACGGCACGCGCGGCGCCGCCGCCGAGGGCGCUAAGAGCGCGGAGCCGCCUCCCGAGCAGCCGCCGCCGCCACCGCCGCCCGCGCCCCCCAAGAAGCUGCUGUCGCCUGAGGAACCGGCGGUGAGCGAGCUAGAGUCGGUCAAGGAGAAUAACUGUGCUUCCAACUGCCACCUGGACGGGGAGGCGGCCAAAAAGCUGAUGGGCGAGGAGGCCCUGGCGGGGGGCGACAAGUCAGACCCGAACCUUAAUAACCCCGCGGACGAGGACCAUGCCUAUGCUCUGCGGAUGCUGCCCAAGACCGGCUGCGUGAUCCAGCCUGUGCCAAAACCCGCGGAGAAGGCUGCCAUGGCGCCGUGCAUCAUCUCCUCGCCCAUGCUCAGCGCCGGGCCUGAGGACCUGGAGCCGCCGCUCAAAAGGAGGUGCCUCCGAAUUAGAAAUCAGAAUAAGUAA